UCAAUGGCCCUAAAUCUCCUGGAAGUCGGGUGUCGCCUCUACGAGCCGCCUGGCACUGGAGCGAAAGACCCAAGUGAUCCUAUUACUCUGGCUGGAGAGGCUGAAUUGCGACUGCGCGAAACAUAUUGUCUGACUGCUCUUCAGGCUGGUGGGCUUUUUUUAGGUGUUCAUCUUCUUCUCUUUCCUUUUUCUUCGGUUCUCAACCCCCAAAAGGCAUCACUUUCGGACUCUUCCAACCGAUUGGCUUACUGCCUUACCCGACUUAUUCUUCCCGCUUGCGUGUGGCGUGCGGGUCGGACAGCCGAAGCGAUGCGAAAGGCGGCUGCUACUUCUUUGCUUGCCGUACUUGCUUCGGUCGCCGACACGACUUCCUCUGAUUGUCUUCACUCGCAUCAUAGUCAGUCGGGUACCUAA